UGCUGUUCCCGGUAAACAAUGAAUUUCCCUUACCAACUUCUCUUAUACUUUCUUUUCCUUCCACUUUCCUUCUCCCUUCCUUCCUACCCAAACGAUACCAAUGCCCUCACUCUCUUUCGCCUCCAAGCCGACACUCAUGGCAUCCUCCACCCCAACUGGACAGGCCACGACGCUUGUUCCUCCGCCUGGCACGGCGUUAACUGCUCCUCAACCGGCCGUGUCAUCGAACUCUCCCUCCCUUCCCUCUCCCUCCGCGGCCCCAUAACAGCCAUUUCCCUCCUCGAUCAGCUCCGAAUCCUCGACCUCCACGAAAAUCGACUCAACGGCAGCGUUUCACCGUUAACCAACUGUACUAACCUCGAACUCGUUUAUCUUACAGGCAACGAUUUCUCCGGCGAUAUUCCACCUGAAAUCUCGCACCUCAGGCGCCUUCUUCGCCUCGACUUGUCCAAUAACAACAUACAAGGUCAUAUUCCUAAACAAAUCUCCGGUUUGAAGCGGCUCAUUACUCUCCGGCUUCAAAACAAUGCAUUGACCGGCCAAAUCCCAGAUUUUUCUUCUUCUCUUAGAAACUUAACCGAGCUUAAUUUAACCAACAAUGAGCUUUACGGACGGUUACCGAGAAAUUUACUGGCGAAAUUCAGCAAAGAAAGCUUUAAAGGAAAUGAAGGGCUCUGUGGACCAACUCCAUUCCCGGUUUGUUCCUUCACAGGGUCUCAACCGGUGGAUUCACCAACCCAGACCGUUCCGUCGAAUCCGAGUUCGAUCCCUCAGUCACCGAUCAUCGGACCCGACAGCAAAGCCAAGGCACGUAAAGGCUUAACUCCUGGUGCUAUAGUUUCAAUUGUAGUUGCAGCCAGCGUGGCGUUUUUAGUGGUGGUUUCUUUUAUCGUGGCUUAUUAUUGCGGAAGAAACAGGGGAGACGACAGUGUUUCGGCCUCCGGCGGCCGUGGAAGUAGCUACGGAAGUGAAAAGAAAGUUCACGCAAAUGGCGCCGCCGCCACCGACAGUGACGGAACCAACGCUACGGAUAACAGUAAGCUGGUGUUUUUCGAGAGAAGGAAACAGUUCGAAUUGGAGGAUUUGUUGAAAGCUUCGGCCGAAAUGAUGGGGAAAGGGAGUUUGGGAACUGUUUACAGAGCGGUGCUCGACGAUGGGUCCGUCGUCGCUGUUAAGAGGCUUAAAGAUGCGAAUCCUUGUCCGAGGAAGGAAUUCGAACAAUACAUGGACAUUAUUGGGAAAGUUAAGCAUCCCAACGUUGUGAAAUUGAAGGCUUACUAUUAUGCUAAAGAAGAGAAGCUUCUUGUUUUUGAUUACCUCCCUAAUGGAAGCUUGCAUUCACUUCUUCAUGGAAACAGGGGACCGGGGAGGAUUCCGUUGGAUUGGACUACAAGGAUCAGCUUGGUCUUAGGGGCAGCUCGAGGGUUAUCAAAGAUUCAUGAAGAUUACGGUGAAGCAAAAAUCCCCCAUGGAAAUGUGAAAUCUUCGAACGUUCUUCUUGACAAAAAUGGGGUUGCUUUGAUUUCUGAUUUCGGGUUGUCUUUGCUUCUAAGCCCCGUUCAUGCCAUAGCAAGAUUGGGUGGAUAUAAGGCUCCCGAGCAAUCCGAAGUUAAAAGACUGUCUCAGAAGGCCGAUGUUUAUAGUUUCGGAGUGUUGUUGUUGGAAGUACUCACGGGGAGAGCUCCGUCGCAGUACCCUUCCCCUACUCGUCCUCGAGUCUACAUAGAAGAACAAACUGUCGAUCUUCCGAAAUGGGUCCGAUCCGUUGUUAAGGAAGAGUGGACGGCCGAAGUCUUCGAUCAAGAACUUUUGAGGUACAAAAACAUCGAGGAGGAACUCGUGGCAAUGCUUCAUGUGGGCUUGGCUUGUGUGGUUCCUCAGUCCGAAAAGAGACCGACAAUGGCGGAAGUGGCUAAAAUGAUAGAGGAUAUAAGGGUGGAACAGUCUCCUAUAGGGGAAGAUUACGAUGAAUCUCGCGAUUCGAUUUCACCUUCGGUUGCUACCACCGAAGAUGGACUAUAGCUGGUUAUUGAUGAUUUCCAUUGCCAAUGCUGCUAAUGUAUUAUCCUUCCUGGUUCUUAGUUAGAUCCAUUUAUUU